AGAGACAGAGACGAGAGACAGAGAGAGAGAGACAGAGAGAGAGAGACAGGGGAGGUGAGAGCAGGAGGCAGAGGCACCCUCUCCCCUUAGCUUAGACUGCAUGCUGUCUCUGUGGCCAGUACGUCUUUUCUCCGGUUCGUUGGAAAGCCAGUUGGCAGGGAUGGGUGAUCCAGCGACCCUGGUCGAAUCUGUCGCCUCUCCUGUCGUCACGGCGAUCCCCACAGUGAUAGCUGGGGAAAUGCAAGAUGGCACUAAAACCCAGUCAGCCAACAAGAAUGGGAAGAAGGCAGACUCUGGGUCCAGCGGCAGCUUCUUCACUUGGUUCAUUGUCCUGGCCCUGCUGGGUGUGUGGACGUCUGUAGCUGUGGUCUACUUCGACCUGGUCGACUAUCAGGGAGUCCUUGACAAGGCUAAGGGCUUACAAAUUAACCUGUCUGAGGCCUUGCAAGGUAAACUGGUGGCAUACGAUACAGAUGGCGAUGGUGAUUUUGAUGUCGAGGAUGCUAAAGUUCUGCUAGGGCUGAAGGAGAAGGCUGUGGCUGUCACCGCCCGUAGUGAAGAAGCUGCUGCUCCAGUGGAGACCCCAGAAGCUGAAGCGGCACCAGAAGCUGUGUUUGAGCCUGAACCUGUGCCUGUGGAGGAUGUGAUUGAAGCUGCUGUUGCAGAGGAGGCCUCUGCACCCCCACCAGAGCCUGAAACUGAGGUAGCAGCUGAGCCUGAGGUGGUUGCAUCCGAGCCAGAGCCAGAGCCCGAGCCCGAGGCUGAGCCUGAACCAGAACCAGAACCAGAACCUGUGGAGACCCCUGAGGUGAUUGAGGAGGAGCCAGAGGUGCUGGAGGAGGAACCUCCUGCAGUGGAGGAGGAGGCGCCUGUGGAGGAGGCUCCUGUGGAAGAUGCUCCUGUGGAGGAGGCUCCUGUGGAGGAGGCUGUUCCAGUUGAGGAGGUUGCAGAGGUGAUGGCAGACCAGCCUGAAGAGGAGGCAGCAGCUGAAGAGGAGCAGGCUGUGGAGGAGGAGGCUGUUGACGAGGCCGUGGAGGAGCUUGCAGCAGAGGUGGAGGCUGCAGUGGAGGAGGCUGCUGAGGAGGUGGCAUCAUUUGUUGAGGCUGCUGAGGAGGAGAGCGCUCCUGCAGAAGAAGCUGUCGAAGAGCCCGCUGAGGAGGAGGCUGCACCUUUGGAAGAAGCUGCUGAGGAGGUAGCCCAAGAGGAGGAGGUAGUCCAAGAAGAGGAGGUAGCCCAAGAGGAGGAAGCUCCUGCUGAGGACCUGGCGGAAGAAGAGGCAGCUGAAGAAGAGGAGGCCGCUCCUGCUGAGGAACCUGCUGAUGAGCCCGCUGAAGAGGAGGCAGCUCCAGCAGAGGAAGCCGUGGAGGAGGAAGCAGCAGAGGAAGAGCAGGAGGAAGCAGCAGCUGCAGACGAGCCUGUUGAAGAGGAGGCAGCUCCUGCAGACGAGCCUGUUGAAGAGGAGGCAGCUCCUGCAGACGAACCUGUUGAAGAGGAGGAAGCUCCUGCAGACGAACCUGUUGAGGAGCAGGCUGAAGAGGAGGAAGCUCCCUCAGAAGAUGCAGAGGAGGAGGCUGCAGACACAGAGGCAACUCCAGAAGAAGUAGCAGAGGAGCAAACAGCACCAGAGACAGAAGAAGAAGUAGCACACCAAGCAGAGGAGGCAUCAGAAGAAGUAGCAGAGUUUGUGGAGGCAGAGGAACAGAACCAGGAUGAGCCCACAGAAACGUAGAGGCUGCAGCGGUCGUCGUGGUGACGGAGCAGGGACCCACUGACCUUGCAUCAGCACCAUCUGAGUGUGCUCAGAGCGAUGAUACACCUCUCCACCUCCAGAGAAAUGAUUGAGUCGUCAUGACAACACUCUGUCCCCCCUCCUCCCUCUGUUUCCACCCCUCCUUUAAAUGCUCCUUUGGUAUAAAUGUGAUGAUGGAUGGAUUGUUUACUAAUAUGGUACUCUUCUUUUGACCCCUCUGGUUUUUCUUUGUCUUCACCUCUCUGUUUUUGUCUUUCAGUAGCGUGUCCAUCCUUGUGUGUGUGUGUGUGUGUGUCUGUGUGUGUUCAUGGUGAUGUUGCGUGUGUGUGACUGUGGCCAGACGCUCGGGGCCACAUCAAAUCUAAACUUGCAGCCAGUCUGGAGCUGUAACAUUGAACCAGUCUGGAACUUUAUUUUGAAGUGUCUCAGUGAUGUAGUCCGGCUUCCUGAAGCUGAACUGUGUUGCCAAGGAAACUGAGGCCAAAGUUCAUAGCUGAGCCGUCAUUGGUUAGAUCGGAGUCGUUCUAUGAGUCAGCACAUUCAUGUGUAAACAGUGACGUGUGCAAAAAGUCCUGAUUGCAGGCGGUUAAAACAACAAAUUGAAAUCUUAGGAGUCCAACAAAAGCAUUUUCCGCCCCUCUGCGUCAGUGUGAGUUCAGACUUUUGAAGACGAUCUCCGUCAGCUGUCUCUGGUCACAGUGCCGUAGAUUCUAUGCAAAGCUGUCGUGCUGUGUGUCCCCUGCCCCCCUGCCUCCCCCGCCUCACCCAGCCCGUUUAUUUACCACUCAGUAUCUGUCGACUCCAGGAUGAGCCGUGUGCUAGCAUGUGGAUUCAGAGAGAGUGUGUGAUUGUGAGUGCGUGCGUGUGUGUGUGUGUGAAUUCCUCAUGAUGAGCAUGUUCUUGUGUGUUGACAAAUCUCUUCUUCUAAUCAGUCCUCUGUGUGAGCCGUAGACGUCGUGCAGUUUUUGAGACGGUUUUUCUCCUUGUUUGUCCUCCACCGCCCUUUAACCUCUGAGUGUGUGUGUGUGUGUGUGAGUGUGUGUUCUCUACAUUCCUAGUUCUUUUUUUUUUCUUCAUACGUUCAGAUUUGAUAACUGAGACCAUCUAUCAAAUGAUUUUUGAAUAUGAAGUUGUAACUUUAAACUUCAAGUUUAAACUGUGAUGUAAACAAGGACAUCAUGGACGGUGCGACGCCGUCACACUGUUGUGUAAAGAUUCUUUAUUUCUAAACACACCAUUCAGACAGGAUGAUUUAACCCUUUGAAACCUGGAGUGACAUCUUAUUUCCUGUGCUGCGCCUUUUACAUGCAGUUAAACCUUUGAACUUUGAGCAACUGGUGCGAUUUCUUUAAAAAAUGCAAUGAGCAACUGUAUAAUAAAUGUU